CCGUAUUUUAUGUAUUAAAUAUUGUUAACUUUACUAUUUUUUUUAUAAUGGUGAGUAUAUUAAUAACGAAAAAGAAGGUCUGAAAAUAAAAAGUACAGUGUAGGAAACAGAACACGGUAGAGGGAUCAUGAGGCAUGAUCCGACCAACACUACAAGCUGCUCGAUGGACCAGGCCAUCUCUGCGAGCCGCGAAACACAAAAAAUGGGAAGCAUACAAAACAAAGGAGCGGAACCAGCAGGGUACAAAGGAACCAAAACAAACAAGGGAUCAGGGCCUGCACACAGAAAGCCAAAGGGAGCCUAGCUCCCUGUUUACAUUUUCCUUCACAACAAGCCAUUCAACCACAUACCGAAACUUCCUCCCUCAACACCACCACCACGCCGCCGCCGCCCCGUCCUCCGUGGCCUUCAAUUUCAACGACCAGCGGCUUGACUUCGUGGACCUGUCCCUCGAGAGCUCGAGCAAUGCGGAUCCCGAUCUCCACCGCAGAGCCGAACCGUCUUCGACGGCGAUGCCGAUAGAGAAGGAGCACAUGUUCGACAAGUGGUGACGCCGAGCGAUGUCGGGAAGCUGAACCGGCUGGUGAUACCGAAGCAGCACGCGGAGAUGUGAAACUAAUCGGCGCCUAGGUGAGCCCUUUUGUAAUGAGGCCUAGAAUCGCGCUCAACGUCAAAGCCGUCGAGUACGAGUUCCUCCAGAAGCAUUCGGAUCCAAGUGAAAGCUCCUCCUCAAAUCAAACCCUGUACACAAGAAAAUCCAUGUACUUAU